AUGGGACUUCUUCGGAACGCAGUGCUAUUUGUGCUGGCCAUCUCCUUCGUUGUCUUUGUGGCGUUUUUUGGCAGAUUGCCGGCCUUGAGGCAUACGCCCAUUGCAACAUUACACAGGAUCAUGCGGAUUCAUAUUCCAAAUGGUUUCUUGGCCAUCGACAGGCUUCUGACGGGAGGGAGGUUCUCAAGCUCGAUGUUGCGGUUCGGCAACUUUAUGAUGAAUGACCGUCACCCAACUGUGGUCAUCUUCUUCUUGGUCUUGCUUUCUGUCUCAGAGUAUUUAUUUCUUCCGACUGCGUGGCCCCAAAUUUCGACCUUCCACAAAGUUGCCGGGUCCAUCGCCAUCUUUCUGCCUUACCUUUUCCUUUAUCUUUCGGUCAUGACUGACCCAGGUUACAUCACUCACGAGAAUCAUGCCUACUACAUGUCGCUCUACCCCUACGACUGGUCAAUUUUCUUUCCCGGCCACGAGUGCAAGACCUGCGGUUUUCUCAAACCUCCUCGCUCUAAACACUGCAGCAUUUGCAAACGCUGCAUCGCGAAGCUAGACCACCACUGCAUCUUCAUCAACGGCUGCGUCGGCUACAAGAACCACCACUACUUCCUUCUGCUCCUUGCCACGACCGCCCUCCUCACGUCCUACGGUGGUUUCCUGGGCUUCUCCCUCCUGUCCAAGCGCAUUGCAACCGAGUACCCGACAUGGGCCUUGUGGCCGCCAAAAGGAAUGGAGAUCAAGGACUAUCUCCUCAUCUGGAAUUGGGCACUCCAGGACAGUGUUGGAAUGGGCGCAGUCACCUUGCUCGCUGCGAUGAUCUCACCAUUGGUCUGGGGAUUGUUCGCGUACAACGUUUGGCUCAUCUAUAGUGGCACCACUACGAACGAAUCACUUAAGUGGUCCGAUUGGAAGGCUGAGAUGGAUGAUGGCUGUGCCUUCAAACGGAAACUGCAGCCUAACCGAGUAAAGGAUAGACGGUACGAGCCGGAGCGAACGCGAUGGCCCCUCGAAUCACAGCAAGUGCUUGCAAGAACGGAUGACGGCAUGCCCCCUCCGUCGAACGUGUCCACGCAAUCGGAAUGGGAGCGAGUGUGGAAGUUGGCAGACGUUGAGAACCUGUACGACCUAGGGUUCUGGGACAACGUGGCAGACGUCUUCAUCCCCGACUACAAUUUUAAUGUUAAGCGUGACCAGCCGACUGUCGAGGCUGUCGGGCGACAGAGGCACUCAGCAAGAGGAGCGCCUUUAUAG